AUGAUUGAAGUGCCGGGGGCGGAGAUUUCGAAGAUUGAGGUGUUGGUGGUGGAGAUACCAAUGAUUGAGGUGCCGGGAUAUAAUAUGGUUGUGAUGAAGAUGCAUACGAUUGAGGCGCCGGGGAUGGAGAUACCUAAGGUUCAGGUUUGCGGUUUAUAUGAUGAUGUUGCAGUUGAUGAAAAUGAUUGUGAUGUAAAUCGAUGUGAUGACAAUGAAGGUGAAUCAGACAGAAAUCUUCCAUCUCUCGAAGAGCGGACGGCUCUGCGUCCGAAGAUCUCGACUGAGGCCUCGAAGACCGGGGAUCCACCCUUCAGCGCCUGGAAUAGCCAGCUCUUCACAGGGCUAGGCUGCAAGUUGACCGAAUACAAUUAG